UCCCAAACAAUUACAAAAUCCUUUUGCUUUUUUCUUCUACUACUAGCCUUCGAUCAGCGUAACUCUGUCGUGGAUCGUUCGAUCCGCACGGUCGAGAAGCAGUGCAUACUCUAAUACAACCUAUAAAAUCGAAGAUCCUUUUUCCCUUUUAGCUUUAAUCUAAUCAAGUAAUCCUACAAGAACGGAAACAUUUCUUGCUUUUUUGGGCUAAAACUCUCUCUCAAAUGGCGGUUUUUUCCUUUCACCGUUUCGGGCUGACUCGCUACCAAAACAUGGGUAGUCGCUUGAGGGCUAUGAGAGUGAGACUGGCGAAGAAGAGAAGGGCUAUCAAGCGUAUGAGACAGUCGCUAAGUGCUCUGCAAAUUGCAGCUGAACAGAUUGAGCGAGAUCUGAUAUUUGCAGCUGAACAGAUUGACCGACGGAACGAGCGAAUUGUUGCAGAGAAUUCUCUCGUUGAUCGAUUGGUUUACGAUCUUCUGGCUGAGAUUGAAAACGAUCCUUUAAUCAGGAGCGCUGUUGAAGCAAUCCGUACUCAGAAUCUUGAUGGAAGGAACAUUAUUAUAAACCAAGCUCCACCUCCCCGCGGCAGGCGGCGGCGCCGAUGACGGUCGUAAGUGGUGUGAUGGUGGGCUUUAUUACUCUAGAGGUGGUGGUGGAGCUUAAGGUUUUAUGGGUUUUUUUUUCCCAUAACCCCACCCCUCCUAUCUUAAAAGCAUUAUUCAAAUUUGAGAAUUUAUCUUGUUUUUUUGUUUUUUAUUUAUACCAUAAUCAAGCCCGCCCUGGCUUCUACAAUUACUGCUUUAAUGAUUAUAUGUAAUUACGGAUUAUGAAUUUAUGGCUUUUUAAAAGUACUGUUAAUUAUUGGGACUUGUUUAUUAUUACUUAUACUUGGCUCUAAAUGGAAUACCUACUGCCUUGUUUGGUU